UUGGAUCUUCAGCUGUCAGACUUUGGCCAUUGCCAUCUAAAAGUGCAGGUUUUGUUAGCAAAGUAACGCGAACUCCACAACCCGCGUCGACUUUAUUAAAAGUUGUGCAUUCAUCUACUGAUCGAUCUUUGAACGUGUGAGCUGGUGAUUGAAGCGCUAAAAUUGCAUGAAGACGAACCAUUUAGUUUUAACCGCAGCUAGUUUUUGCACAAGCCUGAGCGGGUGUAACGUUAAGGCUUGAUGCAGGGAGGGAGGGAGUAAAAAGUCUUUGUGCUUCCCUUCCCCCUCAUCAAAGUAAAGGGGAAAUGUCUCUGUCUAAAGGAGGGAAGAAGAAGAACCCUGGGCUAAAGCUGGCCAAAGAAGUGUUUCUGCCGCCACAACCAGCAGCAGCAGCGCCACCUCGAGAUCUUGACUCGAAGGCUUGCGUCACAAUUGGAGAUCAGAACUUUGUGGUGAAGGCAGAUGACUUGGAGCAGAUUGAAGAGCUGGGGAGGGGAGCGUACGGCGUGGUGGACAAGAUGAAACAUGUGCCCAGUGGUGUUAUUAUGGCUGUCAAGAGGAUUCGUGCCACAGUCAACACUCUGGAGCAGAAGAGGCUUCUGAUGGACCUGGACAUUUCCAUGAGGACGGUGGAUUGCUUCUUCACUGUGACCUUCUAUGGCGCCCUCUUCAGAGAGGGAGAUGUUUGGAUCUGUAUGGAGCUGAUGGACACGUCUCUGGAUAAGUUCUAUAAGAAGGUUAUUGAGAAAGGCAAAGAAAUCCCCGAAGACAUCUUGGGCAAGAUCACAGUAGCGAUUGUCAAGGCAUUAGAGCAUCUGCACAGUAACCUGUCAGUGAUACACAGAGAUGUGAAGCCCUCCAAUGUUCUGAUCAACACCGAGGGCCAAGUGAAAAUGUGUGACUUUGGCAUCAGUGGCCACCUAGUGGACUCCGUGGCCAAAACAAUAGAUGCAGGCUGCAAGCCCUACAUGGCGCCUGAGCGGAUCAACCCUGACCUCAGCCAGAAAGGCUACAGUGUCAAGUCAGACAUAUGGAGUCUUGGUAUCACGAUGAUCGAGCUGGCCAUUUUGAAAUUCCCCUACGAGUCAUGGGGCACCCCGUUCCAGCAGCUCAAGCAGGUGGUGGAUGAGCCGUCUCCACAGUUGCCGGCCGACCGUUUCUCCUCAGAGUUUGUAGACUUCAUCUCCCAGUGCUUAAGAAAGAAGCCAAAUGAGAGACCAGCUUAUACAGAAUUAAUGCAACAUCCGUUUUUCACUCUGCAUGACUCCAAAGAGACAGACGUGGCCAGUUUUGUCAAGGUCAUCCUGGAUGACUGAUGGCCUCCCUCUGGGCACCACCCCGUCAGGGUAGGCGGGACCUCUCCGCAAAACAAACCAAUGGCCUACCUUUUUUUUUCUUUUUUUUCACUGGAAUGACAGACUCUCAUGCACCCCCACACACAACAGGGGGGUGACCCAAAGACUGACAACAGCCCAGCAGCACUGGAGUGGGAGAGUGGUUGUAAUAUGAACUUGUGGGGUCAAAAACCAACUGGAGAGGUUUAAUUCACUCCAUGCUUCCUGUGUGUGCGCAGUUAUUCAACAUGGCAAAAUAUGAACUGAACCGGAUUUGCUGUUUUUUGUCUUGUUCUUUUAAAAAAAAAUUUGUUGCCCCACUGCCCCUUUUAUCUCUCUCUUCAGAGAGCGGACAGAGCCAGCCAUUAUUUCUUUGUGACAUAUAUUGUAUGAUUACUUUGAAUUUCAUCUGCAAAACCAACAGUUAAUGUGUAUGUUGUUGUGUAUUGAAAGCUAUAUUUGCAUAUGUGUUAGUUUACUCAUUAUACAGAGUUUUGAUACUGUGUAUUGUCGACAAGUGUGAAUUUUACCGGACUAGGGCCUUAUUUGUCAGAUCACAUCAGGUGAACAGUUUGACCUGGUUCUGUCCUGAGGCAAGUGGUCAGUGCAGGGCUGCUGCUGUUGUUGUUGUUGCAGGCCAUGGGAGGCUCCAGAGCUAAGACAAAACAUGCAAGAAAUAUCAAAAGGACACAUUUUGGAUGGAAGGAGAUGCAAGUCAUUCCUAGAUCUUGUAGUGGUGUGAGGCAAGAAUGGAAAGUGUCCAGUUUCAUCUGAACCGAAAUUGAUCCGAGCUGUAGCCCUUCAUGAAGUGACCCCUCCGUACUCUUCUUUCUCGGGUAUUAACGAGCUGGUUUCAGUGCUGCCAUUGUUACUACCUUAAAAGUUUUCAGGGGUUGCCUCAUCAAGCUCACAGCUUUAUCUUUCUGUGUGCCAUGUUGCAAGUUGUUCUCAUGAACUCCUGCAUUAAUUGUGUUUUUUUUCUCUCUCUCACUCUCUUUCGGUCUUCUGCAUUAUGAUUUUCUUUUGGCUGCAUUUAAAUGUAUUUUUUUCUCCCUUGGUCUACUUUUCUCAAUUUUGGAGUCAGCAUAGUCUUUUCAUACGAGGCACUUGUGUUUAUUUUUUUCCCCCCAGAGACCUUUAUUAUGCAUUACACAGACAGUAUGUUACAGAAAUAAUUUAUGUGUUGAAGAUGUAAAUACUAUCUCCUCCUUUUUUAAUGUAACAUGGCACUGUCCUAACCUGGCAAUGCUGAUGAGUGGUAGAGUGGUUGGCAAUAGUUAGUUUUAAUGCAGUGUGACACACAAACAGACACUCGUACUCACAGUGCCAGCUGACUAUCAUUCACCUACUUUGAAGUGAUGUGCUGUCAGGCUCCACCGCUCAGGUUUCUGUGCUGUCCUUCAUGCGGAGACGGCCCCAUUUAUUUUUCCCUAGGUCGUACUCUACUUGAGUGCUGGGCAGAGAGCCUCUUUUUCAGUCCAUGGUGGGCAGCCAUCAAUUCUUCUGUCUGACCAUACUAUGCAGAGCCCCUUUGCCUUGGACACACAGCAGGAGGCCCUUGCCAUGUGGCAGUUUCCCCACUCCAAGUGUUCAGAGACUGUGACGAUAAUGGUGGUGGUGGUGGUGGUGGUGUUGAUGGCGAUGAUGAUAGUGAUGAUGACUGCCAUGCUGUGUUCGUGGCUCAUCGCCCCUCUGGUUAACACUGUAGUGCAACCUUUAUCAAAAGUCAGCGGGUUAGGAGUAUUUAUGAUUGUGAAAAAUAAGGGAAAGCUAGCAACACCACAAAGAAGCUGCUGAUAUUUUUUAUUUUUUUCCUUACAUUUUUUUAGUCUGCCUUCUUUGGAUGGCCAUUCCCUUGGUGUGUAAAAGUAAGUAUUUACGCUGAUCACAAUGAGAACGGAACACUUUCUCUACCUCUUACUCCUUCACUCUAUUUGCCACCUUUUGGGUGGAACUGACAAACUUGAACUAUGGAAAGACAAAAAAAUAAAGGCUUUAUUGUUCAGUA